AGGAAGCUACUCCUUCCUUUUAUAGUGCUAUGCAUGGCUGGAAGUGCUGUUCAUGCGCAGAAACAAGGCAUAGAUAUUCUUCGUCAACUAGGCCUGGGAGGCAAAGAUGUAAGACACUCAUCACCGGGGACUGCUGUACCACCAUCAUCUACAGCACUACCUCAGGGGAUUCGUUUUACAGAAUCAGGUGUCAUUUUAACCAACGACACAUAUGUGGAGUCACCUCUCCUGAACAUUUUUCCUGUCAACUUAGUACAGCCAUUUACAAUAUUAAUUGGGUUACAGUCACAUAGAGUAAACAAUGCAUUUCUCUUCAGCAUUAGAAAUAAAAACAGACUUCAAUUAGGAGUUCAAUUGCUACCUAAAAAAAUAGUGGUGUACAUUGGAGGAAAGCAGUCUGUGUUUUUCAACUACAGUGUUCAUGAUGAACUGUGGCACUCCUUUGCCAUUGAUAUUAGCAAUAAAGUUGUCUCCAUGUUUGUUGAGUGUGGAAAGAAAUACUUUAGCCGAGAGACUUUUUCAGAAGCUCAGACCUUUGAUUCUAACAGUGUGUUUACCUUAGGAAGCAUGAAUAAUAAUUCUGUCCAUUUUGAAGGAAGAGUAUGUCAGUUGGAUAUUAUUCCUUCUGCAGAAGCAUCUUCAAAUUAUUGCACAUAUAUGAAACAGCAAUGUCGCCAAACAGACACAUACCGGCCUGAGAUAAGCCUUCCACAAACAACAAUUAAACCAUCAAAAAUAUUGGAAAACUCUGCCUUGCUCAAACAAUUUGGCGAACCAGCACUGUUGGAGCACUCAUUGACUGAUGACAAAAGUCCACCACAUGGCAUUAAUAACAGGUCUGCAGAGGUGCAUAAACAACAAGAACCCCAGGAACCAGGACCUCAGCUCCUAUCUCUUCUUUGGGGGAACACAUCUCUUGUGGGUCGCAUGAGCCAUGGAGUUCUGGCCGAAAAAACGGUCUCUGAGAAACAUGCUCAGGCCAAUGUAAGCCUCUCUGUGACCCAUCAACACCUCCGUGAGGCACGAAUGAAUACCGACGAGCAAUUUAGCUCCUCAAAUGUGACCAGCGUCACACGUGACAACAGAGAAACUGGGCUCUCACCAUUUAAGACGAUGGCAUCUAUUCUCCCUCAGAUAGAAAGCGACACAAUUAAUCAUCACAAGAAGGCUCUGACAGCAAAUCAGCACACUAAUGAGCUCAUGGAACUGCAACAUACUUUAAACACAACUUUAUAUAGAGUGACCAAUGAACUUUCUGCGGAUAACCACCUUGAUCUAAGGAAGGAAGGUGAAUUUGAUCUUGAUGGCACUUAUACCAUUGAAAAUAGCUAUGAAACUGAGCUUUAUGAUUAUUACUAUUAUGAAGAUCUUAAUACAAUGCUCGAAAUGGAGAAUCUAAUAGGUCCUAAAGGGGAUACUGGACCACCCGGUCCACCUGGUCCAGCAGGUAUCCCAGGUCCAGCGGGAAAAAGAGGCCCAAGGGGCAUUCCUGGGCCACAUGGAAAUCCUGGGUUACCUGGAUUACCAGGUCCAAAGGGCCUCAAAGGAGAUCCAGGUUUAUCCCCUGGUCAAGCUCUUUAUGGAGAAAAGGGUAAUCAAGGCCUUUCUGGAUUAAUAGGUCCUCCUGGUCUGCGAGGUGAUAAGGGGAUUCCAGGAUUCGUUGGUAAUAUUGGUUCACCUGGUUACCCUGGCAGGCAGGGUGUAGCUGGACCAGAAGGCAAUCCGGGUCCUAAAGGUGUCAGAGGUUUCAUUGGCUUUCCUGGAGAAGUAGGGCAACUGGGACCUGAAGGAGAGCGAGGCAUUCCCGGGAUACGUGGAAAAAAAGGUCCUAAGGGAAGACAGGGUUUCCCCGGUGACUUCGGAGACAGAGGUCCUGCUGGUCCUGAUGGCAGUCCUGGACUUGUAGGUAGCAUCGGCCCUCCGGGCUUUCCUGGACUUAGAGGCAGUGUUGGGCUUGUAGGAUCAAUUGGACCUUCUGGAAUUCCUGGCCCAAUGGGUCUCUCAGGGAAUAAGGGGCUGCCUGGAAUCAAAGGUGAUAAGGGUGAACAAGGCCUUGCAGGAGAGCCAGGAGAAUCGGGGUAUCCUGGAGACAAGGGAGUCUUCGGUUUGCCAGGACCUCCAGGAAUGAGAGGCAAGCCGGGAUCCUCAGGCCAAACAGGAGACCCUGGACCCCAAGGACCAUCUGGCCCUCCUGGACCAGAGGGUUUUCCAGGAGAUAUUGGGAUUCCUGGACCAAAUGGCCCUGAAGGCCCAAAGGGGCUUCUCGGAGCUAGAGGGUCUCCUGGACCUCCCGGACUCAAAGGCGCUCAGGGAGAAGAAGGAUCAAUUGGACCCUUCGGAGAACUGGGGCCAACUGGAAAACCAGGCCGACAAGGUUAUGCAGGUGAUCAAGGACCAGAAGGCUUAAAGGGAGAAGUAGGAGAUCAAGGAAACAUUGGAAAAAUUGGUGAAACAGGACCUGUUGGCUUGCCUGGAGAAGUUGGGAUAUCUGGAAUCACUGGUGAAAAGGGAGAGCGUGGAAGUCCAGGACCCCUGGGCCCCCAAGGGGAAAAAGGUGUCAUGGGAUAUCCUGGUCCUCCUGGGAAUGCAGGACCCAUGGGUCCGUUGGGCUUACCGGGUCAUGUUGGGGCAAGAGGACCCCCAGGGAGUCAAGGCCCUAAAGGAAGAAGAGGACCAAGAGGACCUGAUGGUCUCCUAGGGGAACAAGGGAUACAAGGUGUUAAGGGUGAAAAGGGAGAUCAAGGAAAAAGGGGGCCUCAUGGUCUUACUGGUAAAGCUGGAAAUCCUGGGGAGAGAGGAGCUCAAGGGAAACCUGGUUUACCAGGACCCCCUGGAAACACAGGAGACAGGGGACUUGAAGGUGAACCAGGACCGCGAGGACCGCAAGGUGAUGCUGGACUUCCCGGAGAAAUCGGUGUUGAGGGACCACCAGGCAUUGAAGGAGAAUCUGGUCUACAAGGAGAGCCGGGUACAAAGGGAGACGUUGGUGCUACAGGCAGUGCUGGGGGCAGUGGGGAGCCAGGAUUGCGGGGCGCACCUGGGAUUCCUGGAGAAGAAGGCCCUCCGGGUAAAGAUGGAUUAAAGGGAAGCCCAGGAGGACGAGGCCUUCUUGGAGAGGACGGAGAGAAAGGAGAGUUGGGCGUACAAGGAACUACUGGGCCAGUGGGUAGACCAGCACUAAUGGGCCCUCCGGGACCUGAAGGAAUUAUGGGAAUUCCAGGACAAAGAGGUCGUCCAGGGAAAAAGGGUGAAAAAGGACAAAUAGGACCCCCAGGAGAAACUGGAAGCAGAGGAGCUCCUGGGCAAAUUGGGGAGAGUGGUCCGAAGGGUGCCAGAGGAACGCGAGGGGCUGUGGGACAUUUUGGAUCGAUGGGGCCUAAUGGAGAACCAGGGAUUCCAGGAUAUAGGGGUAAUCAAGGUCAACCAGGACUUCCUGGGAUGCCAGGACCCAAAGGAGAAAAGGGCUACUCAGGAGAAGACAAUACCAUUCUGGGACCACCUGGGCCUCGAGGUGAACCAGGUCCAAUAGGGGAGAGAGGAGAGAGAGGAGAGGCUGGCGCAGAGGGGUAUAAGGGUCAUGUGGGUGUACCAGGACCAAGAGGUACCAUUGGACAACAAGGGCCACCAGGCGAGCCAGGUGAACAGGGUGGACAAGGACUAAAGGGGGAGAGAGGCUCUGAAGGUCCUAAGGGGAAAAAAGGAGCAGCUGGUCUAUCUGGGAAACCUGGGAUUUCUGGACUUCCAGGCCUACCUGGGCCAAAGGGGAUGAAAGGAUACACUGGAAUUGAUGGUAUCUCAGGAACACCUGGAAAAGUUGGGUUGCCAGGAAAACAAGGACUUCCUGGUGUCAGAGGCAGCCCAGGAAGUGCAGGACUGGCUGGUGCUCCAGGCCCUCGAGGAGCAAAGGGUCCAUCGGGUCCUCCAGGAAGCCCAGGAGUUCCAGGUGCAAAGGGUGAACAAGGGCUACCCGGACAACCUGGAAUGCAGGGUAAAAGAGGUCACAGAGGAGCACAAGGUGAUCAAGGACCACAUGGAGAGCCUGGCUUGAAAGGGCAACCUGGAGAACAUGGUGUUCAAGGUUUAAGAGGGUUCCAAGGAUUCCCAGGUCCUAAAGGUCCUAAUGGAGCUGCUGGAAUUGUUGGAAUAUCAGGUCCUAAAGGUCCUAUUGGAAAAAGCGGAAACAGUGGUCCACUGGGCAGAGAAGGUAUCAUAGGCCCAACAGGUAGAACUGGAGCCAGAGGUGAAAGAGGCUUUGAAGGUGAAGCUAAACAAAUAGAUCUCAAUGCUGCUAUUCAAGCCUUGAUUGAGUCAAAUGCUGCCCUACAGAUGGAGAGCUACCAGAACACUGAAGUGACUUUGCUGGAUCACAGUGCAGACAUAUUCAAAACCCUGAACUACCUGAGCACCCUAUUGCACAGCAUCAAGAAUCCUCUUGGCACACGAGACAACCCAGCGCGAACCUGCAAAGAUUUGCUUAACUGUGAACACAAAGUGUCCGAUGGAAAAUACUGGAUUGAUCCAAAUCUCGGAUGUUCUUCAGAUGCCAUUGAAGUUUUCUGUAACUUCAGUGCUGGAGGCCAGACAUGUUUAUCUCCUGUUUCCGUUGCAAAGUUGGAGUUUGGAGUUGGGAAAGUCCAAAUGAACUUCAUUCAUUUACUGAGCUCAGAAGCCACCCAUCUCAUCACUAUUCACUGUCUAAACACCCCACUGUGGACAAGUGGACAGCCAAGUGGCUCCGGACUGCCUAUUGGUUUCAAAGGAUGGAAUGGACAGAUUUUAGAAGAAAACACUCUACUUGAACCUAAAGUACUUGCAGAUGAUUGCAAGAUUCAGGAUGGCAGCUGGCAUAAGGCAACAUUCCUUUUUCACACCCAGGAUACUAGUCAACUCCCAGUGAUUGAAAUACAAAAACUUGCUCAUCUCAAAACUGGAAGGAAAUACUUCAUUGAAAGCAGUUCUGUAUGCUUCCUCUAAAGUCUCUGAAUUAGCUCAGAAUCCAUGCUGUUGGCCAGGUUAUUGCUGCAGAUGGGGAAAAUAUAGACAGAGAAAUACUAUCACUAUGUAAUGCAUGGGAUAAAGCAUUGGCUAAGUCUUAAUGAAUCUCAGGAAGAAAAGACUUCCUCCUAAGAAGGAGAAAAGGCAUUUUAUAAAGGACUAUAAUUGAUAAGGUAUUUAAUUCUUUUAAAAGUUAUGUUGAUCUGAGCUUUCUUAGAGAAUUCCAUAGAACUGAAAAUUUAUGAACAUGGAAUUCUUCAGGGUAUCCUAUAUGUUUUGAUUGUCAAUAGCAAAGUACCCAUUAGACAGCUGGAGACGCAGAGCACUAUGGGACAAUACUGGCUAAUGUUCCCAAGUGUGUAAUGCUUCUGUCUAAAAGUUAUAAGCCACAGUCCUGUAUGUCUUAUUUUCCCAAACACUAAGCUGUAUUCAAGUCCCCAGUGGGCAUGUACAUCUUAGCCGGUGAUCCACUACCUCUUCUGUGUUGCCUUUGUCUUGCUUGGUGCUCUCUCUUUGGAAAGGUGCUUGUGGCUCGCAUAGACUUUUAUUCCUUAUUUUGUCUUUGUCAUUCAAGGGUGUACAUGCUGAUGAUAUCAAGAUAUGUUUUGGUUGUUAGUACUUAUUUUAAUUUGUUUGCUCACAUACUAAUAAUAACAAGGAAAACAUUAUUUAUGUGAAGCCCUGGUUCUGUUUUUAAAUUCUCUUUGUGGCUAUGGAAUCAAAACCAGCACAUUGUAUUCUGUGCUUACACGCAAGAGAAAUAAGAGGUUUCUUUUGUUUUUAUUUUGUUUUUUUAAUUGUUGGAAAAAAAAAAUUAUAGGCCAGCAACAUCUGGUAGUAGGUUUGGGUUAGAGUUUGGGAAUUAUAUUGUACUAUUUUUUAAAUCCAUGAUCAUCUGGAAUGAUAUGUUGUGUGUAUAUAUAAAUAUAUAUAUAUUGUAAAGUUUUAAUUCAGCAAACUUUUGAAAUUGCUGCUUUGUUAAAUUAUAAAAAUAUUAUGCUUCUGCUUUUAAGAACAUGUCUUAUAUUAUUCAUGGACUUUCUUUUGCUGUUUUCAAAUUUAAUAGGUGGAACUGAAAAGCAUUCAAUCUACCAGUCUUUAAAGCAAUAUGAGGGUGGGGGUAGGGGGCAAUCUUUUGACACCUAAAUUAGGCUCAAUUCUGUUUUCCCUUCUAGUCCGACAAAUGCUAGUUCAAUCUUAAAAGAAAAAUAGUAUACCUCUCAGGAUUCAGAAAAGCUUGUUCAUUCGUUUAAACAAACCAUUAGCCACAGCAAGACACACUUACUUAUCUGUAAUAAAAAUGGACUUUAAAUCA